UUUGGAGCAGCGAGAGAAAUUCAUCGUUCGAGACUUCAGCAUCCAGGAGUCUCUGAAGCACAUGGUUUCCCUCAGCAAAAUGAGAUUGACAAGUCUGGUCGUGAUCACCACAAUGGCUGGCUACGCGAUGGCACCGGGAAGUUUCUCGCUCCUCACGCUGAGCCUAGCUUCCGUGGGGACCGCAUUGACAUCAUGCUCUGCUAACGCAGUCAAUCAGUUCCUCGAAAUUCCUUAUGAUUCGCAAAUGAACAGAACCAAGAAUCGAGUCUUGGUUCGAGGCUACAUGAGCCCCCUCGGAGCGCUUUCCUUCGCGGCCGUGGCAGGAGUCGUGGGCGUAUCGACGCUAUACGCUGGUUGCGGGGCGUGGACAGCCGGUCUCGGAGCUGCCAACCUCGUGCUCUACACUUCGGUGUACACCCCCAUGAAGCGGUUUCACAUUGCGAAUACGUGGGUGGGGAGUGUGGUAGGAGCGAUCCCGCCUGUGAUGGGCUGGACGGCCGCCACCGGAACUCUGGACCCAGGCGCACUCCUGUUGGGAGCGGUUUUGUACUCAUGGCAGUUUCCUCACUUCAACGCCCUAUCGUGGAACUUGAGACCCGAUUACUCGAGAGCAGGCUACAGAAUGAUGUCGGUCACAAAUCCAGAUCUGUGUCGGAGAGUCGCCUUGAGACACAGCGUUGGCAUCACCGCACUCUGCCUGGCAUCUCCGCUGUCAGACGUGGUCACGUGGACUUUCGCCGCAACUACACUGCCGCUGAACGCCUACCUGGUCUAUUGCUCCUACCAGUUUUACAGAAACGCUGACAGCCAGACCUCUCGUAAACUGUUCCGGCUAAGCCUUAUUCAUCUGCCGCUCCUUGUGAUCCUGAUGAUUCUGAGCAAAGACACAACCAAGACAAAACGAGAAUCACUGCCAUCGAACGUUUGA